UAUGAUAUAGAAGUCAUGGCUAAUAGUAACGGAGUCGUAUAGGCGCGGGUAUUGUAAUUAGUUAAUAAAAUAAAUAAAUUAGAUUAUAAAAAAUGGUAUUAAAAAGCCAGAUUUGGUUAUUGUGUUUAUUCAUCGGAACUAUUACUGCGAGAAGUAGACCUGCCUUUGUGAUGAACAAACAUUGGGUGUGCAACAUAAAAACCUCCUGUUUUGAAUGUUUAAAGUUAUCGCAUUGUUCCUGGUGUGAGACGAAAAAACAAUGUUUCUCUAACAGACUGCCGAUGAACAAAGGUUUCUGCGAGAAUAGUACGAUCGAAUUCAAUGAAUACGGUUUCAGUAUUAGUGAGAACGCUGAAUGCUCAUGCGCUAAGGGAAACACAGAACAGAAAUGCUUCCCACCAGGUGUUAUUGAUGGACCCGAAUGUUCCGGGCGGGGAGAUUGCGUAUGUGGCCAAUGUGUUUGCCAUACUUACGAAGAUCAGCCGGCCAAGGUAAUAUUGGGAGAAUAUUGUGAAUUUGAUAAUUUUUCAUGUGAUGGACCCAAGUGCAAUGAAGGGCCGUAUUAUAUCGGCCAGGUAUAUGAGAAUGACGGAUCUUCAAAAAUACAAGACGCUGAGAACAACACUAAUUCUAAAUAGCACACGGAACGGAUUAAACUUGUAUAAUCUGUCUUGUAGAAGUCAUUAAAAUAUUGUUAACUUGUUUAUAAGAAGAAAUACAAUAUUUUACGAAUAAUUGACUUUCAGGUAAUUUUUUAAAGCAAAGUCAGUUACCACUUGAGCAUAGAAUGUUUUAUGAUUACAUAAAUAAUUUUUAAUAAAUGUCGUUUGUAUAUAUAAUAAAAUAUAGUUUUUUCGUUAUAAUA